AUGUUUUCUCUCUUUUUUUUCUUCCUCUUUUCUUGCAUAUCUCUCUCUCUCUCUCUCUCUCUCUCUCUCUCUCUAUCUAUCUAUCUAUCUAUCUAUCUAUAUAUCUAUCUAUCUAGUUUCUUUCCUUCCGUUCUUUCUUUCAGUGUUUCUUUUUCUUCUUUCUUUCUAUUUUUGCUAGAUUUUUCACUUAAUUUUCGCUAUUUUUCUUUCUUAUUCUUUUUUUUUUGCUUUCUAAAUUUCGCCAUUUUAACAUUCAUCCCCAUCAUUUAUAUAUAUUCCUGUUCUCUUUUUCUUUUUCUUUCUUUCUUUCUUUCUUUCUUUCUUUCUUCAUAUUCCCAUUUUUCCGUUUUCUUUCUUCCUUCCUUUCUUUGUUUCUUUGUUUCUGUCUUUCUUUCUUUCUUUGUUUCUUUCUUUCUAACGUUCUUCAUAUUUCGAUGUUUACCUUUUAUGAAUUUACUAUUUCUUUUAUUCUGUCUUUCUUUCUUGAAUUUUUCUUUGUUUAACAUUUAUGUUUCUUCCUUUCUUUCUUUCUUUCUUCAUUUUUCCAUGUUUACUUUUUCAUUAAUUCAUUCUUUGAUUAUUUUUCCAUGUUUAACUUUUCCUUCUUUCUUUCUCAAUUUCUCUGUCCUACUUUUCCUGUUCAUUCAUAAACCCGCAACAACGGACAGCACCGCAUGUUGCUAA